GCGGCAGGGCGGCGCCCGCGGGCCGGAAGUGCGGCGCGCAGCGGAAGUGCGGCGGGCGGAAGUGGCGGCCUGAGGCUGAGUUGGUUGGCUGUAUUGUACUCACAGGAACACUGUACCCAGAGGCACUGUGGAAAGAACCCUUCAAAUAAGGUUAUAUAUCAGAAGAAACCAAAAGCCAGCUGGAAUAGUUCCUGAAUGAGAUUUUAUUCCUGUUUGCACUUGUUUUGAACAGGGAUACCCUCUGGAUCAGACUUCUGUGCCCAACCCUUCACCCAGGCAUCUGUUCAGCAUAUGUUAGAAGAAUUAGCUAUGAAGUGAAUUUAUUAUGGACACUUGCCAAACAUCUGGACCUCUCUGACACUCCUGGACUCCAAGAUACAAUUCUGAAUCUUCCAGAUUUAAUUAAUUAAAAUGCUCUGGUUUCAAGGAAAUAGCCUGCAGAUUGCCAAAUCCUCCUUUGGACUCUUGAGAAAUCUCUCUGCCUCUAACACAGCUCUGCCUGUGCUGACCUUAUUCACAAAGGACCCAUGCCCACUGUGUGAUGAAGCUAAAGAAGUACUCCAGCCUUAUAAAGACAGGUUUAUUUUACAGGAGGUGGACAUUACACUUCCAGAAAAUUCUACUUGGUAUGAAAGGUAUAAAUUUGACAUCCCCGUCUUCCAUCUGAAUGGCCAGUUUCUAAUGAUGCAUCGAGUAAACACCUCAAAGCUUGAAAAACAGCUUCUGAAACUUGAGCAGCAGGUGCAGUAGACAAACUGAUAUCUUCUGAUUGAUGCAAGUACCCAGAUGAGAAAUUUACCUAUAGGCAUCUUGUGAACUAAGAAGAAUACACUGUAGAGUGGGGGAAGCUGUAGGAACGAAGAGGUCUGUUUGUUGAGUGUAUCUUUCCCUUUUGCAACCGUGGAUGUACUUCUCAUGCACUGGACAGUGCCCUGAUAGGAAGCAGGCUCUGCAGUCCUGCCUAAUGGCACUGGAACCUAACUUUAGCAGAGUAAAUGCUCUUACACGCAUUAAAGUGGAAUGUGAAUUGUUAAUAACUAUGCAUUGAGAAAGGGAUGUUUUAAUGAACACAUCUGCAUGAAGCCUAUUUUAGUGGAAUUUAAUAAUACGUAUUUAAAAUUAGUGUUCACUUUUGUUGAGUAGAAUAGAAUAAUUGUCCUAGCCAAAAAGACUUCACUUCAGAAAGACAAAAGAGACUUAAAUCUGUAGACUGUGUAUAGCAGACUCAGGUGUACAUGUCAUCAUGGGAUUGAUUUGUAAUGUUGAGGUUACUUAAUGUUCUUUCUCAUGUAUAAUGUAAAAACAUUAUACAUGCAUUAAGUUAUCAUCAAUUAAAUUAAUUCAACUAAUUGUAAGAUAGUAACUGUCAAAUUUUUGUAUCUUGGAAAUUUUUAUUUUAAUCAUAACUGAACAUAUCUAAGCAUAAAGUAUCAUUUUAUAUGAAUUAUUAAACAUGUGGUUUUGUACUCUGAUUUAUAUUUUGUCAGAUUUGGCAAACAUCAAAAUGGGUUCUCUUAAAAACAAAGCUUUUUUGCUUAAAUCAGCUCCCUAGGAAGUUCUGUGAACUGUUUGGGUGUCAUGAGCCACUAGACCUGUAAUGCUCAGUGUGAGUUAGUCUUAGAAUUAUAGACUAGUGUAGCCCACGGACCUUAGACAUUGUUGUUACAUUAGACAUGAGAAAGAAUCUAAAGCUCAGGUAGUUUGAGGAACUUAGUCCAUGGCUACCCAGCCACUCAGCCACUGAACCAGAAUCUUGACAUUUCUUAUGUUCUCUGGACUUAUGUAGUGGUUCAAAUACGGCAACUCCAGCUACUCUGGGUUCAGCACAAAGUAAGCCCUCCAAAGUCGCUACUUUAAAAAAAGGAAAGAAAAAGCCUAUAGUGGCUAGACAGAUAGAUCAGUGGUUAAGAGCACUCGUUGCUGUGCUCUUACAGUUGCUCUCACAGAGCCCCCAGGUUCGUUUUCCAGUACCCACAUGUUGGCUCACAAAUAUUCAAACCCCAGUUCCAGGAGAUCCAGUAGGUACGUACAUGGUGCAUAUCCAUGCAGGCAAGCAAAACAUCCAUAUACUUGUUAAGCCCUGUGGUAAACAGACUUCUAGAAUGAUGCCAGUGUCCUCACCCUUGUAUAAUUCCCUCCCCUAUGAGUGUGAGUAGAAAUAAUUUUGGUGUAGCUAUGUUAAACUAUUUGGCAAAGAGAGGGGACUAUCUUGGGUGUCCCUGCUCUAAUCUAAGUAAACUACUGAAAAGCUCCACAGAAGUCAACGAGAUCAUUCCUAGCUAGCCUGGAAAGCAAGAAAAUCUCCCUCUCCCACAGCCCCUUC